CUGGGGCCCCACAGCAGGCCUGCCCGCUUCACUUGCAGGUUCCUCGCAGUGUCUCUCCUGCUCCUGUCUGCUUCCCCAUCCCACCAGGUUUCCAUCUUCCUGUUUUCCUUCCUGGGCUGGUGGCAGUGGGGGGCUGAACCCGGUGGGCCUCCUGGAGAUGUUCAAUGCUUGGAGUCGUCGGGAUCGGCCCCCCGAGGCGGGGACAGCUGCAGGGCUGGAGGGCUUCGCGGUGGACAAGACCUUCCUCUCCUCCCUCAAAGGCAUCCUGCUGGAGACUGAGCUGGCCCUGACCUUCAUCAUCUUCAUCUGCUUCACGGCCUCCAUCUCCGCCUACAUGGCUGCCGCGCUGCUGGAGUUCUUCAUCACACUAGCCUUCCUCUUCCUCUACGCCACCCAGUACUACCAGCGCUUCGAUCGGCUGAACUGGCCAUGUCUGGACUUCCUCCGCUGUGUCAGCGCCAUCAUCAUCUUCCUGGUGGUCUCCUUCGCAGCUGUGACCUCCCGGGAUGGAGCUGCCAUUGCUGCUUUUGUGUUUGGCAUCAUCCUGGUUUCUGUCUUUGCCUAUGAUGCCUUCAAGAUCUACCGGACCGAGUUGGUGCCCAGGGCUGCCCAGGGGGACCAGCAGUGACCCUGGGGAUACCUGGCUUCUGAGCCCAGCCAGAAAGUGGGACAGGGGAGCCCAGACUCCUCUCCUUUGGAUUCACUAGCUCCCUAGCCUACUGUCUACUACCGCAGCCUACAGUGAUGGAGCCAGGCCUGAGAAGUCACGCGGACUUGUCUGUGGGGGCUAGUCUGACAUUUGAUGAAGCUCAGCCAGGGAUGGGGUGUUAUGGACUAAAGGGAGGGUGCAGGAGGAAGCUGGUUAUUCCCAAAUUAAAAGAUUUG